GGGGCCCUGCCCGGCGGCGUCGGGGGCGGCGGCGCUGAUGGGGCGCUUCGAGGGGCGCGCGGGCGGGCGGGGGGUGCCGCGCUGGGGCUGGCGGCUCUGCCUGGCCCACCAGUUCUCCGAGCGGCGGAAGCCCUACCAGGCCGGCGACGUCUCCCCCGGCAACGCCCUGCGGCACCUGGGCAUGGCCCUGCGGUACUGCCGCUGGUGGUACCGCACGACGCGCGUGGAGAAGAAGCGGCCGGUCAUCGACCUCUUCAACUCGCAGCCGCUGCGCCAGAUCUACGGUUGCCCGCUGGGGGGCUUCGGGGGCGGCACCGUGACGCGCGGCUGGCGGGGGGACUUCUGCCGCUGGCAGCUCAGCCCGGGCCUCUACCACUACAAGGCGGUGACGGCGGACCAGUUCACCGUCUGCCUGCGCCGGAAGGGCCAGACCGUGUACCAACAGGUGCUGUCGGUGGAGCGGCCGGGCAGCCUGCAGGGCUGGAACUGGGGCUUCUGCGGCCACUACGCCUUCUACCACGCGCUCUACCCGCGGGCCUGGACCGUCUACCAGCUCCCCGGGCAGGACGUGGUGCUGACCUGCCGGCAGGUGGCCCCCAUCAUCCCACAUGAUUAUCAGGAUACCAGCUUGCCUGUGGGGGUCUUUGUCUGGGAGGUGGAGAAUAACAGCGGUGAAGAGCUCGAUGUCUCCAUCAUGUUCACCUUUCGGAACGGCAUGGAGACCAAAGACGACCGUGCAGGAGGUCACUGGAACGAGCCCUUCAGCCUGGAGAGAGGCGGCCACUGUGUCCGGGGGGUGAUGCUGCACCACUGCCUCCCCGUGAAUGCCUACACGCUGGCGAUCUCCGCCCGGGAGAAGGCAGGCACCACAGUUACCCACUUGACGGCGUUCAACCCUGCGGGCACCGGGCAAGAAGUGUGGCAUGACCUCCUAGCUGAUGGCAAGUUGACAUCCCUGCCAGGGAAAAGCAAGCCUACGGAAAAGGGGGAGGCAUGUGCGGCAGCUGUGUGCGCCAGCUGCACGGUGUCGGCCAACGGGCAUGGGACGCUGGAGCUCGGCCUGGCCUGGGAUAUGCCUCGGAUUCGUUUUGGAUCCCAAGAGCGGGAGCAUCACAGGCGGUACACGCGCUUCUUUGGCAGCGAUGGGAAUGCGUGCCCUGCCCUCUCCCACUACAUGCUCACGCACUAUGAACAAUGGGAGGAGAAGAUCGAGGCCUGGCAGAGACCCAUCUUGGAGAACAGUGAGCUGCCCCCUUGGUACAAGUCAGCCCUCUUCAACGAGCUGUACUUCCUCGCCGACGGAGGGACGCUGUGGCUGGAGCUGCUGCCAGAGGACGCAGCCUCCCUGGGCAGCAGGCCUGGCCUCUCCCAGCACCUUCCGCUCCUGCAAGAGUAUGGCAGAUUUGCUUAUUUGGAAGGCCAGGAGUACCUCAUGUACAACACCUACGACGUCCACUUCUACGCCUCCUUCGCUCUGAUCAUGCUGUGGCCCAAACUAGAGCUCAGCCUGCAGUAUGACAUGGCUGCUGCUGUCCUGAACGAGGACCUUCGGCCCCGGCUGUACCUGAUGAACGGGCAAACGGCCCAGGUCAAGCUCUGCAAUGUGGUGCCACAUGACAUCGGAGAGCCAGGCGAUGAGCCGUGGCAGCGAGUCAAUGCUUACCUCAUCCACGAUACGGCGAACUGGAAGGAUUUGAACCUGAAGUUUGUGCUGCAAGUCUACCGAAACUACUACCUGGUGGAGGACUCUGCCUACCUGCGGGACAUGUGGCCCAUCUGCCAGGCCGUGAUGGAGUCAGAACUCAAGUUCGACAGGGACGGAGACGGCCUGAUAGAGAACUCCGGCUUUGCUGACCAGACGUACGAUGCCUGGGUGGUGACGGGUGCCAGUGCCUAUUGUGGUGGCCUGUGGCUAGCUGCCGUCUGCACGAUGUGCCGGAUGGCCGAGAUCUUGGGCGAGGACGAGAUCCAGCAGAAAUACUCGGCCAUCCUGGCCAAGGGCUCGGAGGCCUUUGAGAGGCUGCUCUGGAACGGAAAAUAUUACAACUAUGACAGCGGCCGGAGUGCUUCCUCCAACAGCAUCAUGUCGGACCAGCUGGCAGGGCAGUGGUUUCUCCGGGCAUGCGGCCUGGGCGAGGGAAGGUUUGAGGUUUUCCCCCAGGACCACGUGCAGACUGCUUUGAAGACCAUCUUUGAGCUGAACGUGAUGGGCUUCUCAGAGGGGACAAUGGGGGCGGUGAAUGGCAUGCGGCCUUCUGGGACACCAGACACCUCCAGCGUGCAGUCCAAUGAAGUGUGGGUCGGGGUGGUGUAUGCACUGGCUGCCACCAUGAUCCAGGAGGGCCUAGUGGAGGAAGGCUUCCGCACCGCAGAGGGCUGCUACCGCACCGUGUGGGAGCACCUGGGCAUGGCCUUCCAGACGCCUGAGGCCUACUGCCAGAAAAGGGUGUUCCGCUCACUGGCCUACAUGCGUCCCCUCAGCAUCUGGAGCAUGCAGCUGGCGUGGGAGCGCAGGGCUGCACGAGUGCCCCCUGCCCCUGUCAACUCUGUUGGGUCUUGAGCCGGCAGGCGGGGGGCUGAGAGGUCAUCCUGCUCCAGAGGCCUCAUUCUGGCAGCUCUCUCGGAGCAUGAGAAGAGCGUCACCCUGGAGCUGUCCUGGACAGCAGCAGCAGCAGCAGCCAGGAAGCUGAGAGAAGCCCCCCCUCCCCCCCUCUUCUUGGCCCAGUGUGGCUUUCGCCAGCCCGCCUGUCCUGUCUCUGAGUUAGGGGGGGGGGGCUGUUCCAUGUCAGCGGCUGCAUGAAGAUCUCCCUCCUACCUCGUGCCAUUUGUCUGAGGCGGGGGGGGCUACUGCAUGGCUCAGCAUUUCCGGGAGUGGGGCUCCUGCUGUGCGGCUGGCCAACCCCAAAGGAACUGGUGUGUAUGAAGGAUCCUCUUGUUCCCACAGCCUCUCCUGAGGGGCCGCAGAACGCGUCUGUUUUCAUUUCCACCCCCCAAACAACCCCGUGUGAGAGGGUCGGGGCUUUUCUGCUGCACCCAAGAAUCCCCCCCCCCCUUUGAUUUGCACACGAUGUCAAUCAAGCCCUGUACAAUCCGGUUUGCUCUGGAGUUUUUAGAUGUGGAAUAGUUUUAAUUUAAAAUAAACCAAUGAUUGGUAAAAGCGCUUC